UAGAAGAAGAGGAACAUGUGAUAGCUAGGCGCUUUCCUGAGGUCAAGAUGGCGGUGGUAGUGCGGAGCUUGCAAGACCAGAUCGAAAAAGCCAAACAAAGCUUGAAAAAUGUUGAUGAUAAUAUUCGCAAAUUAACCGGACGAGAUCCGAAUGAUUCCAGACCGGGCCAGCUGCGCCGGUUCAGUGGGCCCAUGGCAGGCGUUGCUGUUGCAGCAGUGGGAGGAGGAGGUAGAGGAAGAGGAUUUAACCUGCUCAGACGCAGUCUCUCCGACAUUGGAGGCGGCGGCCCCCCUGCCAAGCAGAGAGACAUCGAUGGAGCUCUGUUAAGGCUGGCAGGCGACCAGAGGGCCAGGAGAGACGUGCGUCACGACAGUGACGCCGAGGAUGAUGACGAUGUCAAAAAGCCGGCGUUGCAGUCGUCUGUUGUAGCUACCUCCAAAGAGAGAACACGCCGGGACCUCAUUCAAGAUCAGACCAUGGAUGAGAAGGGCAAACAGAGGAAUCGGCGGAUGUUUGGCCUGCUCAUGGGGACCCUGCAAAAAUUUAAACAGGAGUCUAAUGUUUGUACAGAAAAGCAAAAGCGGCGUUCUGAGAUCGAGCAAAAGCUCGAGGUUCAAGCUGAGGUUGAAAAGAAGAAGUUGGAGAGCGAGAAGAGAGAGUUGUUUGAACAGAGGAGAGCCAAACAGACUGAGCUGAGACUACUUGAACAGAAAGUAGAAUUGGCUCAGUUGCAAGAGGAGUGGACCAGCCAUAAUAAUCAUCUGGUGAAAUUCAUUCGCACUAAGACCAGGCCGCACAUCUUCUACCUACCUGGGAAGCUGUGCUCUGCCACUCAGAAACUUCUUGAUGACUCUACCAAGAAAUUGAAUGCUGUGUUUGAAGAGCGGCGUGAAGCGUUCACAGAACACAUCAACAAGAUGGAGUCCCGACCACGGCGACAGCUAAACCGCGACCAGGACGGCAACUCUGCAGCGACAGGGAAGGACCACUCGGCGGAGGGUAAGCCAGCAGGUCAGGUAGACAAGGUGACAGGUAAUAAGAGGGUUGUAGCGAUGGAAGAGGAGGAGGAAGAGGAUGACGAGGAGGACCAGGAAGAGGAGAAAGAAAAGGGGGCUGAUGGAGAACAGGAAGAGGGUAGCAAGGUCACAGAGAAAGUACAGCUAGAGGAAGGGGAUAGUCGGGAAGGGUUAAAUGAGGAUGAGGGGAUGGAGUUUGAGGAAAUGGGGAAUGGGGAGAAGGAAGGGGAAAAAAGGGAGGUCUGUGGGGAAAAGAAUGAGGCAACUCCAGCGUCAGAGGGGCUGGAGGUGCAGGUAGGCAAAGAGCAGGGAGACAGGAAAAAAGUGGAGCUGGAUGAAGACAGUAAGGAGGGGGCCUCAGACCUUGAAACUGAAAAGACUGAGAUCACAUUUCCAUCUGAACCAACUGUAAGCCAACAAGAGGCGUCUAGCGCCGUCCAGCUCAGCCCCAACACCACCCCCACCCUGCAGGAACCAACAGUCUUGUCGACUGAGCCCCAGAUAGCCUCGCCCGUCUCAUCAUCUGAAAUGGCUGCUAACACACCAGGGCCGGAGCAAUUCGUUCCUUCCUCUGGGGUCCAGGAUUUCAGCAGCCAGAACCAAGCUGAGCAAACGCAAUCUGGGGAUGAAUCAGGCGUGAAGCCUCCACUCGAUUGCCAGGAUGCCCUGAGCGGCCCUGCUGCACUUUUGAAGGAACAGAAAGAUAGUGCCAGGGGGAGGAAGAAGAUGAGGGGGUUGAAAAAAAGCCGCGGUGAAAGUCGCAGCUCCUCUUCUUCCUCCUCCGGGUCUUCCUCCAGCGGAAGCUCUUCGUCUUCUUCUGGUUCGAGCCGUUCAUCCUCAUCAUCAUCCUCAUCAUCCUCCUCAUCCAGCAGCCGAAGUCGCAGUCGGGACAACGGCAAGCGCAGCAGGAGGCAGUCAGGCAGGGACAGGAAGAAAGAAGAGAAGAGUCAUCGCAAGAAAGGAGGGAAUAGUGGUGGCGGCAGGGAUGCCAAAGGCUCAAAGGAAGUGAGGAAGAGAAGGAGCAAUGAAGGCAGGAGCAGGUCAUCUCGGAGCAAUAGGGAGAAUAGAGAUAGAAAGGAUAAAAGACGCUAAACUGGAUCUCAUUUUGUUUUGGCCCCUAAAGCUGAUGACUGGAGGGCAAUGACCAACCUAAACAUUCAUCUUUUUUUUUUUUUUUUUUUAAAGAACACCCACCACAGCAGCAAACGUUCAAUUUAAGUGUAGACAUUUUCAGAUUUGGCCAAAGUAUUACAAAACUGAUAUUUAACAAAGUCUCAGUAUAGGACAAUUCUGUUUAACGUUGGCCGGAUUUAGGCAGGUUUUUGAGAAAAGACCUUUAGAUAUUUUAAAAGUGAUGUGCAAACUUUUUUUUUUUUGUAAUGAAAAGAGCAUAUUUUCCAUGUCACUAUGCCUGUGGCAUAUAUUGCACAAUGGGUUUUUUUCGCUUAUUGUGACUACUGUCACAUAAAUCCAUGUCAUGGUCCUUGUAUGUGAAAGAUUUUUUUAAAUUGUUUUGUAUCAGCCAACUUGCUUCAAAUUAAAGUUGAGAAAUUA